GCCACGGGUUCCGAUUAUGUGGCGUUGGCUACAGCGCCCUCUGUAGUAAAUAAGCGUGAAGUGCAAUCACAACCAAUUUCUCUUUCGUUGGUUACGUUGCACCGCUGUGCAGUACCCCCUCCAAACACGGGGGUCGCUAUGAAAAUGACAGUGACAAUCCUACUGCGUCCUGCAAGAAUUUGUUUUCGUCGAACAAUUAGAUGGGCAGCCAAAAGUAACCGCAGCCGUUUGUAAAUUUUACAAAAAGGUGAAAAAUACCGCUGUGUUUUGGAGCAUAACGUGGCGUAUUUUUAUUCAGUAUGAUUUCUAAAUGCAGAGGAAUACAGAUGGAAAUAUAAAUGACUAAAACACGUGAAGUUAGACUUUAUGGUUUUCAAAACACUUGGAAAGUUUUGUCGGACCACAGAGGUAGUUUACACAUGGGGAGCUAAAGGCUGGCUAUCAGGGUGGUAGGAGAAAACAUCAGAAUUUAUCUGUUUUUGGUCUUUUAUCGUCAUUAUGUUGAAGUCUAAAACCUUCGUUAAGAAGACCCGGUCGGGUGGGGUGAUGAAGGUAGUGCGUGAGCAUUAUCUGAGGGAUGAUAUUUGGUGCGGUAGCGAAGCUUGCACUGAGUGCAAACAGGAGUCCACGGUGCUGCAGAAAGACGCAUGUAUGGAGAGCAGUCUCUGCUCCUAUCCACAUUAUCUGGUUCCUGACACCAAUGUGGUGCUUCAUCAGAUCGACAUAUUGGAAGAUCCUGUGAUUCGUAAUGUGAUUAUCCUUCAGACUGUACUGCAGGAGGUACGCCACCGUAGCGCACCUGUCUAUAAGCGCCUGAAGGACAUCAUACAUGCGAAAGAACACUUCUACACUUUUACCAACGAACACCACAGAGAGACAUUCAUUGAACGUGAACCAGGUGAGAGCGCCAAUGACCGCAACGACCGUGCAAUUCGCGUGGCAGUCAGAUGGUACAGUCAGCACCUGAAGACAUUUGAGUCUGACACAGAUGGUCUCAAGGUGGUCCUCCUCACCAAUGAUCAAGGAAACAAGGAAAAGCAGGAGAAUGGCCUGCUGGUGCACAAAUGUGAAGAGUAUGUCAAGAGUCUGAUAGCAAAUCCCGAGCUUGUUGAUCGCCUGGCCUUGUCCAAUGAUGACAAGAAUGAAAUUACAAGCAGUAAAGUGUUAUUUCCAGAGCACCUUCCCCUGUCCAGAAUCCAGGCAGGAAUUAAAAGUGGCUCCUUCCUCCAAGGCACCUUUAGGGCCAGCAGGGACAACUAUUUGGAGGCAACAGUGUUUGUCCAGGGAGAGGGAGAAGACAGCACAGAGGUUCUCAUCCAGGGUCUUCAGAACCUCAACAGAGCAGUGCACCAGGAUGUGGUUGCUGUGCAGCUUUUGCCAAGGAAUCAGUGGGUGGCACCGUCGUCAGUUGUGCUGCAGGAUGAAGGCACAGCAAAGGAUGAUGAGGAUGCUGAAGAAGGGGGGCAGUUGAGGAUAGCAGCAGCCGAGGCCGCUAGGAAGCCCACGGGGAAGGUAGUGGGAAUCAUUAAGAGGAACUGGAGGCCAUUCUGUGGCAUGCUGAAUGCUUCCCAUAUCAAAGAGUCCACUCGGCAUCUUUUCACCCCAGCAGACCGCCGUAUCCCACGUAUUCGCAUUGAAACACGGCAGGCAUCCACACUGGCAGGCCAGAGGAUCAUGGUGGCCAUCGAUGGCUGGCCAAACUCCAGAUAUCCAAAUGGUCAUUUUGUACGCAGUUUGGGAAGCGCAGGGGAGAAAGACACAGAAGAGGAGGUGCUGCUACUGGAGCACGAUGUUCCACAUCAGGCUUUCUCUCAGGCAGUGCUCAGUUUCCUUCCUAAGAUGCCAUGGGCCAUCACACCAGAGGACAUGGGGAAGAGGGAGGACUUGAGGCCGCUGACAGUGUGCAGUGUGGAUCCUCCAGGAUGUACAGAUAUAGAUGAUGCUCUACACUGUAGAGAGCUGGAAAAUGGUCACCUUGAGGUGGGCGUCCACAUUGCUGAUGUCAGCCACUUCAUCAGGCCUGGCAAUGCUCUAGACAAAGAGGCAGCAAACCGUGGCACCACAGUGUAUUUGUGUGGCAAGAGGAUAGACAUGGUUCCUGAACUGCUCAGCUCCAAUCUUUGUUCUCUACGGUCCAACGUGGACAGACUCGCCUUUUCAUGUAUCUGGGAAAUGAACCAAAAGGCUGAAAUUCUAAAGACUCGAUUCACAAAAAGCGUCAUUAACUCUAAGGCUUCUCUGACCUAUGCUGAGGCCCAGAUGAGGAUUGAUGACACCAGCAAGAAUGAUGAUAUAACAAAGAGCCUACGGGGUCUCAACAAACUGGCCAAAAUCCUCAAGAGGCAGCGGAUAGAGAAAGGGGCAUUGACACUGUCCUCUUUAGAGGUCCGUUUUCAUAUGGACAGUGAAACCCACGACCCCAUUGAUCUCCAGACCAAAGAACUCAUGGAGACAAACUCAAUGGUUGAGGAGUUCAUGUUGCUGGCCAAUAUUUCAGUUGCUCAGAAGAUUUAUGAUGAAUUUCCAGAGUGCGCUCUGCUGAGGAAACACCCAGCACCACCUCCAUCUAACUACGACAUCCUGAUCAAAGCUGCAAAGUCUAAGGAGGUCGAGAUCCACACAGAUUCAGCAAAGGCACUGGCUGAUUCCCUUGAUGCAGCCAAAGUGGAUGGCUUCCCAUACUUUAACACGCUGCUGCGCAUCCUGGCCACUCGCUGCAUGAUGCAAGCUGUCUAUUUUUGUUCUGGCAUGGACAGCGAUUUCCAUCAUUAUGGCCUUGCCUCACCAAUUUAUACGCACUUCACGUCUCCUAUUAGGAGGUACGCAGAUAUCAUUGUGCACCGUCUGCUGGCAGUGGCCAUAGGAGCAGACAGCACCUACCCAGAUUUAAUGGAACACAAAGAGUCAGCCCUCUGCAAUAACCUCAACUACAGGCACAAAAUGUCUCAGUAUGCACAACGGGCUUCUGUGGCCUUCCACACACAGUUGUUUUUCAAGAGCCGAGGAAUACUGAACGAAGAAGGAUUCAUUCUGUUUGUGAGGAAGAAUGCAAUCAUUGUACUCAUCCCAAAGUUUGGCUUGGAGGGAACAGUGUUCUUUGACACAAAAGACAAAGUUUCCCCAAAUAAAGUGUUUGAGGAAGAGGGUCCCACUCUGACUGUGGAGCAACACAAGUUCCACAUAUUCGACAAGGUGAAGGUCACCAUCAGCCUAGAUGACUCCAAUAUUCAGCACCAGAAGAUCCGCAUGGCUCUGAUUGACCCAGUGAUCCCCGGUGUGAGUGUUCCAGCCCCAGAUGCCGAAACCCCAGCUAAGAAACAAAAACUGGACCGCUGACAGAAAGGACCACGUUAUUUUUUACCUGGACCACGUGAUCUUCCAGAUUAAGAAACAUGCAGUCUGUAAAGGAAUUGGACUAUUUGAUACCAUUGAGUGUUAUAUUUUGAGCAAAGACGCCCUUCUCUAACAUGCACCAUUCUGCUCUUUUAUGAUUUCAAAUAUUUCUUCAAAAUGGACAGGUGCAAGAAAGAGUAAGCUAUAUUACAGUGUAAUAGGCAGCUCAUUAAAAUGAUUUUUU